AGAAAAGCCCGACAAUGAGAACUUCUCGCAGAACAAGAAAGAGAUCGUGACGUGUUUUGAACACAUCGAGAAGAUCCUCAAAGUCAACUUCACAGAUCACGACGAGGUGAUUGUCAAAAGAGAUCAAGCCGAAAGCGAGAAGAAGAGAGCGAAGAAUGCGAAAGAUGACGACGAGGAUGUCGAGAUGGAGGAUAUCGACCUGCCCGAGGAGACUACACCUGGGCGAGGA